GGAAGGUUACGACGAAGUUAGAUCCAAACAUCGUAACGAUCCAACAGUGAUGAAUAAGCUACGUGAGAAAUUGAAGUCGAAAGCUACAGUUAAACAUGCACCCAAAGAAAUAGACAACAAGAUUGAAGGGGUUACAACACGCCCUAAUCUCCCAAAGGGAAUGAAAUACGUCAUCAAGAAGAUCCCGUCCCACCCAUUGAGAUUCGGAACGGCAUAUAGGGCUAAUUUUCUUGAUGAUUUUGAAUCAUCAAUAGGUGGAGAUAUUGUUGUCAGAAGGCCAUGGAUGGUUGUGUUAGCGAUAACGACGAUCCAAAAAAAACUAGGAGAGACAUCUCUCCAAACCAAGGAGAACUGAUUGAUGUCCAGUAGUUUUUUUUUAUAGUAAACAUUUUAGGUGAUUCUGAUUCUUUUAAUGUAUCUGAUACAUAAACUGUAAUGUAUCAGAUUUAAUAUGUUUUAAUAUUUCCAUACAUCAGAUUUACUAUGUUUUUCUCUGGUGUCAAAAUCGAAUAUAAAAUCAAAGUUUAUGUUUUAUAUUUCUACUGUAUCAAACUUGUAUCGAGUAUAAUAUUCAUAAGUGUCACAUUUUGUGAAUUCUGAUACAUGAAU